CCACAAUCAGAAGCAGGAAAUCGACUAUGCAUAGCGUCAGCUGUCGACUUGCGUGGUAUAUAAUCAACGAGUUUCUCUUUCUCACCUUAUACGAUGGGAGGUUUUUCUGCAAGAAUCCUUCGGCCUAGGAUCGGGCUGCACACAGAAUGAGCAAAAGAAUUACAUUUGUAUCACUUACUGAUACCAAGCGAUUAAAAUCCGAGAUGGCGGCCGGUGAUGGAACACCAAGUCUGGGAAAACGCGAAUUGCCUAAUCCGGACAACAUAGAAAACGGCUAUUUAGAGCUCACAACUCCUGAAGGUCUACCUUCGCCACGGUUAGACCGGGUGAUUGUCAACUUCGGUAAAAACAGCCCAAGAGGCUUUUAUGGCAUCGAAUUGGGCUAUAUCUCUCGCCCGGUGGCCUUCGUCAAACGCGUGGUGGUUCCUGAUAUAGAUAUGCGACGAAACGCGUUGCGUAAAACAUGCCACCCCAACUUGGUUAACCUAACGGAUGUAUUCAUCAAUCAAGAGACCGUCUAUUUCACCUACGAGAAGUCUGGGUUGCUCUGAGAGAGCUCCAGGACAUGGACGACGUCACUUUUGACCGAAUUGCUGUCGCCACUAUCCGUAAAGAGGUCCUGAAAGGGUUGAUUUAUAUGCAAGAAGAGUUGGGACUUCUCCACGGACACUUGGAUACGGACUGUGUUUACGUGAAUGAGGAUGGUCAAGUCAAAAUAGGAGACGUUGGCAAUAGCAUGCUGGCGAAAGAAGAAAACCAGGGCGCGGCCCA